AUGCGCUGCACUUCGAAGCCUCUGCUGGACACGGAGAUCUUCUCAGCGAAGGGGAUGCGGGGAGGCUGCGAGAUCCCAUUGAGGGAGACCAGGAUCUCCUCCCAGCGGGAGGCGGAGCCAUCGAGGCGAUACACGUGGAAGGAUGUCUCGACGGAGUUUGUGCUAUUGGUUAAUCACCUCACCGGGCCCCCCGGGUGCAGACUGUGUCCCCUGAACUGGCUGCUGCAUGGGGACAAGUGCUACUGGCUUUCCAAAGAGAGCAAAAACUGGAACGAGAGUCGUGAGGACUGCUCAGCGAAGAGCUCUCGAAUGCUCGUGAUCCAGGACCAGCGUGCGAUGGAAUUCAUAAAAACCCUCACAGAGGGGAAAUACCCAGUUUGGAUUGGACUGCACCUGACCACCUCCAAGGGAAACUGGACGUGGGUGGAUGGUUCCCUGUUAAAUCAAACAGGGGUCUCACUAUCGGCCCCUGACACUGGAAACAGCUGUGGGGUGUGGAAGGAGAAUCAGAUUCGUGGUGAAAUCUGCAGUGGUACCUUUAAAUGGAUUUGCCAGAGAGAAGCUGUCCUGAUAUAA